AUGGUGAAGCCUAGCAAAGGCUGCAGUACUUGUCGCACGCGCAAAAUUAAGUGCGAUGAGACACGGCCCGCAUGUUCGCAAUGUCUGAAGGCGCAUUACUCAUGCCCAGGCUACCAGGAUCGCUGGACGGUCAUGCACCGAAGCCAAAACGAGCAGUUUGCUCGGAGAAUACGUGCUACUAAUUCAAUAAAACAUAAACGAAAAUAUGGGUCGAUUCUCUGGCACUACACAGAGCCUCAGGAAGAUGCAUGUACUGGCCACAACUCCCGGCCCAUGGCAUUUCCAUCAUCUCCAGUUACGAUUGAUGAGGCAGUUGCCUUUUUUCUGCAUAACUAUGUUCUGAAACAUGGAGAAAUUGCCAAUGCACAUCUCACCCAUCAGCAAAUGAUAAAUUCUACCAGAUCGAGCGAGGCAGUGCUCCUGGGAAUGGGUGCCGUCGGAAUGGCAUCGCUAGCUAAUAUCAGAAAUUCCAAAGGCUUAAGGAUUAUGGCGACACGGGAAUAUACGUCUACUUUGCACCUUACAACCGUAUCACUCCAGGACAGUACUUUAUGCAAAUCCGACGAGACAGUCAUUGCAGUUGUUCUCCUUGGCAUGUUUGAGUUUCUCAUAAAUACCACUAUUAAUAUAGACCGUUGGGAAAAACACAUAAAUGGGGGAAUGGCUCUCCUCGAGCUCCGGGGGGUGGAGCAGAUUCAUGGAAAGAGCGGACUACAACUCUUUACGCAGCUGAGGUCCAACAUUAUGGCGAAUUGUCUUCGGGUUGGUGCCGAAGUUCCAGCACUCAUUGUCGAAAUAUCCAAAGCCGCGGAAAAUCUAAGGCCUGAAGGAGAAAAAUACGCAGAUAUACUUGUCGGGAUUGUCUCUCGACUUAGCACACUGCGUGCCGAUAUUAAAUCUGGGAGAAUUGCCGAUUGGUUGAGGAUUCUUGAAAUGGCCAUGGAAAUUGACCGAUCUUUUAAUAAAUGGGCAUCUGAUGCGCCUGCACGGUGGCACUAUGUCACAUUAUUCCACCGCGUUAAUGAUGAUGCCACCUUGAAGAAUUCUCCGCUCUCCGUGAAAUAUGCGUAUUGUGGUCGAUAUGAUAUAUACCCGGACCUUUGGGCAACAAAUGUUUGGAACUAUUACCGCGCCACCCGCAUGAUUGUUAACUGGAUGAUUCUUAGUUUGCUUGCGUAUACGCACACCGGGCCUCCUAACUACUCACCAGCAGUAAUAAAUACCCUUCAACAAAAGGCCAAGGAAAAUACAAUACAGCUAGCAGAAGAUAUUUGUGCCAGCGUCGCCUUCUCUUUCGAUCCCGUAGGCUGUCGGUCAAUCGCGUCGGGACAAAAGUUGCCCGACUCAACGUACACUGCUGGUGGUUGCUUGGGGGGGUCACUUUUGAUUUAUCCGAUAGCUGUUGCAGCAUCGAUUUCGCGCUCACCAUCAUAUCUAAGGACGUGGAUGCUGUCAUGUCUUGAGUAUAUUGCGCAUGACAUGGGCAUCGGCCGAGCGGGAUCGGUACUUUGGCUAUUAGAAGAAAAUAAGAGAAAGAAUAUUGACGGCUAG